AAAAGGGUUAUAUAUCGUCUUAUUUGUGAAUAUCUUGGCACUUUCAGAUCCAAAACGGAGUGUGGCGUUUAAUGGAAAACAUCUAGCCUGAGAGACCGAGUUCAGGAUUUAUACAUUCCAACUGUUUCCGGUAACAGCUGCCAUCUGGAGGACCAUUGUCAAGCGCUAUAGUCCGUCCAAAUAGUAAUUCCUGGAAUUCACUGCACGUGGAUACUUUGUGUCACUUCAAGAACAGACCACCAUCAUGAUUGCUGCUGUCAGUGUCAGGGAUUCUGGCCGUGUCCCAGUACGAGUGGCUGGGGAUGGCAUGGAAACUGAUAAAACGCCCUCCACCCUGGAGGUCAGCACAGAUACGUUGACAUCAGGUCUGUCAGACGCUCCCCUCAUCAAAGCAGCAAGCCCCAAACACAGCCCCAAGUCUUCCAAUCCUCCCCCCCCUGUUGCCCCCCAACCUCUUGGGGUGCUCCACCUGGGCAAGGUGAGUAGGGAGGCCUGCACAGAGGUGGAGGCUGUAAGGAUAGUCGUACCUCGAGCUGCCAUAACUAGAAACAGCCGAGUAACUGAGGCGAAGGGAGACGCUGGACAACAGGUGGAAGAGCGAAGUUCUUCCCCACAACCAUCGUUGGAUGACUGGAGAGGACACCUAGAGAAGCUUCAGAACUCUGAACGCAGGCUGCUACAGGACAAGGAGGGCCUUUCCAAUCAACUGCGUGUGCAGACAGAGGUGAACCGUGAGCUCAAGAAACUGCUGGUGGCAUCCAUGGGUGAUGACCUGCAGUACCAGUUUGAGCGUCUGGCACGUGAGAAGAAUCAGCUGAUUCUGGAGAACGAGGCUUUGGGUCGGAGUUUGUCACACACAGUGGAGCAGCUGGAGCGCAUGAGUAUCCAGUGUGAUGUCUGGAGGAGCAAGUUCCUCGCCAGCAGAGUGAUGACAGAGGAGCUGACAAAUGCCAGAACAGCUUUGCAGCGUCAGACCAGAGAGGCACAAGGAGCCAUUCAGGACCUGUUGUUGGAGAGAGACGAGUUCUCAAGGGAAAUGGUGCUCACUCACAGAUCUAUGGAGCAGCUCCUGGUGUCUCUACAGUGGGGUAGGCAGCAGACAUACUACCCCAGCGCACAGUCGCUCAGCACAGCAGAGGUGGCGGUGGCCAAUCACAAACUAGCAGAGGCUAUCAACUCCCACCUGUUAGGAAAUACCUGCAGCAGUGUGGUCAAACGCAUCAGUGCAACAACGGAUCAACUGUGUAGCACACCAGCAGAGAAGAUGGCUGAGAAGGUGCUGAAGAUUUUAGAUCCAAUUUCCUGCGCAGAAAACAAGGCUGUCUCUCCACUCAAUGACUCAUCCCCCUCAAACUUUCUGAGCAAUAAGAAGAGCAUUGGCAGGUUUCACCCGUACACUCGCUAUGAGAACAUCACUUUUAACUGCUGUGAACGCUGCAGCGGAGACAUCCUCGUGCUUUAGAUGAGCAUCAUCAUCUCAAUGCCUCAUCUCAAUGCUGAACAUCUUGUCACCAUGCAAUAGAACCACAUACUAUUUGACAUUGGCCGGCUACAUCCUUUUCCGAGUGAUCUUAAGCUUAACAAAAGUUUUACCAAAACAUUUGUGAAACAGUAGCCACAUUUAUUUAAAUGAUUUUCAAAA